AGGCCUUCGAGUUAGGGAUUGAAAUUGGAAAAGAAAGAGGGAAAACACAGUUGCUUCAAAGCAUCUCUAUUGCUACUAAUAUACACACUUCACCUCUGCACUCGAACUCCGACUUAGCGGUGUAACUACAAUGGCGGACGAGGAUUUUCCACCUCCGGUGAGGUUGAUGAAUUUUGUCUCCGAAGAACAGUUGGCAGAAUCCAAGAAAACUCGGGGUGCUCGGGUUGAAGAUGGAACUGCUCAGAGAGAUCGCCCUCUUUAUGAGAUCUUGAAGGAGAACAAGGACAAGAAAGAUGCUGAAUUUAAUGAACGCUUUAAACACCAACCACCCAAAGCCUUAGAUGAGGACGAGACCGAGUUUCUUGAGAAGCUUGAAAUGUCAAGGAGAGAAUAUGAGAAGCAAGUGGCUGAUGAAGAAGAUGAGCAGCUGCGAAGUUUUCAAGCUGCUGUUGCUGCAAAGUCUACGAUUGUACAUGAAAUCAAGGAGAUGCCUCUUGUUCCCAAAGUCCAGGAGCCGAAAUUAAUUAAGAGGAAGAAUCCUCCAGCUAAUCCAUUGGGAAUGAUUGUCAAAAUCAAACCACAAGCUAAGAAAGCUAAGAUGGAUCUGGUAUCUUCCGUAUCUUCUUUGACAACAGCUACCUCAUCAGAUGUUGAUAACGUAUCCACAUCUGAAACAGAAGAAUCCCAGAGAUUAACAAAAAGACCUAUUGCUAAUGCUGACAACCACGGACCUGUUACAAUAGGUGGUUUGGUUUCAUAUAGUGAUGAAAGUGAUGAUGAUUGACUGGCAUGUUCAUAUAUUACUGAGAAUUUCCCUUGGUUAAAACCACAUCUAGAGAGGAACUAAAACCAAACAAACUCACUGUCACAUCAUCUUUUAUGUGUUCUAGCACAGACACAAACUGUUUUCUUCAAGCACGUAUAAUAUUAAAUUUCUGUAGAAGAUAACAUGAUUUUUGUAGGUGGCCCAGACACCACGGUCAUCAGAAAACACUAGGUGAUUCUUCCCAUCUGUUCUAGCCUUGGUGGAUAGAGUUAUCUGGUAUAUUUUUUGUAGUAGUAAGUAUGGUUUAAAUAGUGCAGUCAUCCUCGGCUAAGUUUUGCUUCUUUGGAGCAUGGGUGAAAUCAAUGAGUUAGGGUAGGAUUUUGUUUACUUCUUUGAACAAAACAAUUAAAGUAUCUGGUGUUAUUAAGAAAUUUGGGGUUGCCUA